GCUCUAAUCACCCGACAUCACCUUUGGAGUUUUAAAAUAAAGCGUCAAUAACGGUUGGCGGGCUCUUCAUGUCGUGACCACUGACUACUUUUUUAGUUUUAUUGAUAAAAUCUAGUUCUAAGAGUUUUGAAAAUAAGCUGACAAAAAAAAGGUUUUGAAAAUACUAAUGUUGAUGAGGGAUAGAACUUGCUUCCUGUUGAGGAUACUCUAUAGGAUUUAAUCAUGAUUUUGAUAUUUUACUGAUGGAUUUUAUCUACAACUAUGUGUUGUUUGUCCUUGUGUUAAGUGAUCUUUUUACAAAUGCAUUUUAAAAGAAAGCUCUUUUUUCUGUCAACAAAAGAUGAAAAUAUGCAAGUAUAUCUCAUAGUUUCUUUCUUCUGGAAAUAUGUAAGUAUAAAAUAAUGAUUUUUAAUUUGUUUAAAAAGUUGAAUUUUCAGUUCAACCGUUUUCUCGGUGUAGAACUAACUAACUGGCCCUUUUUAAAAAAUCUCAGAUUCUGAAAAAGGAAAUCUCUUUUUCUUUUUCUACUUGAACAAGCUUUAGCUUUCAUCUUCUCUCUCUCUGUUACUAGUUGUUCCCUCGCUGCAACUCUCCGUUGAAUACACUUUUUCGGCGAGACUAGCUAUAAGAAGUUAAUUUAAAGAUUUGAGUUCUUUUUUUUUUUUUUAAUUUUGCCUGUGGAGUGUUUUGGUUUUGAGCUAAAUGAUUGACACUCACACGACAAGAAGAAGAUGACGCUUUACAUUCGUCGCGGAUCUUCCAAGCUAUGGAAGAGGUUUUGCUCGGAGAUAACAACUGAGUUUGGUCUUCUCGCUGAGAACUGGAAGUACCUUCUCGCUGGCAUUAUCUGUCAGUACAUUCAUGGUUUAGCUGCUAAAGGAGUUCAUUACAUUCAUCGCCCCGGACCUGCUCUCCAGGAUCUUGGCUUCUUUCUUCUUCCGGAGCUUGGUCAAGAGAGAAGCUAUAUAAGUGAAACCGUCUUCACUAGUGUUUUUGUUUCUUUCUUCCUGUGGACUUUCCAUCCAUUCAUCCUGAAAAGCAAAAAGAUAUACACCGUCUUGAUAUGGUGUAGAGUUCUAGCCUUCUUAGUUGCAUGUCAGUUUCUCCGUGUUAUAACUUUCUAUUCGACUCAACUUCCUGGCCCAAACUAUCACUGUCGUGAGGGCUCUAAAGUUUCCACGUUGCCAUGGCCCAAAAGCCCUCUUGAGGUUCUUAAGAUUAACCCUCAUGGGGUGAUGUACGGAUGCGGAGACCUGAUCUUCUCAUCCCAUAUGAUAUUCACGCUAGUCUUUGUCCUUACCUACCACAAGUACGGUACCAAAAGGUUCAUAAAGCUGUUUGGGUGGCUCAUUGCUUUCGUGCAGAGCCUCUUGAUCAUUGCCUCCCGUAAACAUUACACUGUCGACGUUGUUGUUGCCUGGUACACUGUUAAUUUGGUGGUGUUCUGUCUGGACAAGAAGUUACCAGAGUUACCUGAUAGGACUACGGUGUUGCUCCCAGUAAUCUCCAAAGAGAGGACUAAAGAAGAGAACCACAAGUUGUUGAAUGGGAACGGUGUUGAUCCUGCUGACUGGAGACCGAGGGCUCAAGUGAACGGGAAGAUAGAUAGCAAUGGAGUUCACACUGAUAACUCAAUGAAUGGCGCAUGAAAACACGCACCAGACUUGAGACAAGAUCUUUAUAUGAAUACAGCUAAUCAAUGGCGUCAUGAAGACAUGUUGGUCAUUGUUUCAGAUAAGAAGACUCAUGUAGAGAUGUUAGGGUUAUGCUAUUCUGUACAUUUGUCACUUCCUUGUUUCGCAAGUAAUCUUCUUAUGUUGAAUCACGUUGUUUUUAUUUUAGGUAAGUUUUGUUAUGAGAAACUGUAUUUUACUUAGAGACGAUGUUAUGCGUGUGUUUAUUUACCUUUCAAGCUUUUAACA